CCCUGUUCGGCAAUACAUCAUCGAUGCUUUUUUAACCACAAAGUUGCUUGCUACAUAUCAUAUCCCGCGAAUCGCAAAAGCUUCGUGAUCUGGAUCAUUAUUCUGGUAGUACCUUGCAUUUACCUUACGCAAUAUCUUAUUGUACCUCCUACUCCACAAGACAAAACUGUCGCCGAUAAAUUCCAAUUAUAUACCAUUGCUCUGCUUUCUUUCAACUCUUUUACAUUCUCGUGAAUUGUGAUACCCAAGUUGACUGAAUAAUAUUCGUUUGCGCCGAUUCAUGUGAUACCCCUCCUUUUAUCUUUUCUCCCCUCUAUAUCUAUAUCUCAAGCUUUACUGUCACAUUUAUCUCUGCACUCCUCGAUAACUCUGGCUAUAUCUUAUACAUUCCCUCCCUCGUAUGCCGUAUUGAUUAUCUAGCUUAGAUCUGUCACUAUGACGAUAGUUGACGAGAAGGCUGCGCUUCGCCGUGCCGAAACCAGUAGAUCUGCUCAACGUCCAGGUCGCACCUCUUUCAGCAACGCUCCGGAGGUCGUGCCGCCUGGUUACAAUAGCGGUCAUAUAUCUACAGACUUCGAACUUGGGGCAGAAGAUGAUGUCCCUCCGGCCUAUAGCGAAGUACACGAUCGCUUCUCUCUUCACCAAACAGGGUUUGAGGCAGGGGCUGCCGUCACUGAUGACGGCCGAGUUAAUAUCAACAUCAAUCAAACGAAUAGGCGCCUAGCCGACUUGUUAGCGCCCGCCUUACGUUAUCAGGAGUCUAUAACCGAGGAACCUCUUCCGCCUGCCUAUAUCCCUCCCAGCUUAGGUGGUUUACCGGGACAGACCCCCCCACCCCGGUUGAAUGUUGUUAUACAGAUCGUGGGGUCACGAGGUGACGUCCAGCCAUUUAUCGCCCUCGGACAAAUCUUGAAGGACACAUAUGGCCACCGUGUGAGAGUCGCUACUCAUUCUACCUUUCAAAAGUUCGUCGAGGACAAUGGCCUUGAGUUUUUCAAUAUUGGAGGCGAUCCUGCCGAGCUCAUGGCCUUUAUGGUGAAGAAUCCGGGGUUGAUGCCGGGUAUUGAUGCGUUAAAGAGCGGAGAAAUUACCAAGCGAAGAAAAGGUAUCGAGGACAUUGUACUUGGCUGUUGGAGAUCUUGUAUCGAAGCUGGAGAUGGCCUGGGACCGGCACCGAGAUUCGACCGUAAGAGUAAAGACGGCGAAGACGACUUCAAUCCAGUUCCGUUAGACGAUGGUUCGGGUCAUAAGCCAUUUGUCGCGGACGCCAUCAUUGCGAAUCCUCCUAGUUUUGCGCAUAUCCACGUGGCUGAGAAGCUCGGAAUCCCUUUGCACUUGAUGUUCACCAUGCCUUGGUCGCCGACAAAAGCAUUUCCACAACCUCUCGCGAAUAUCCAAUCAUCAAAUACAGAUCCCGUCACUACGAACUAUCUUUCCUACGCAAUGGUCGAGAUGAUGACAUGGCAAGGACUUGGCGACGUUAUCAACCGCUUUCGUACAAAAAUACUUGACCUUGAGCCUCUCUCAGUGCUCUGGGCCCCUGCUUUAUUGACCCGCCUUCGGAUUCCCUACACAUACUGCUGGUCACCAGCGCUCAUUCCCAAACCAAAUGAUUGGGGACAACAUAUUGACGUCGCUGGGUUUUACUUUCUUAAUCUUGCAUCAUCUUAUACUCCGGACCCCGAAUUAGCAGCAUUCCUCGAAGCCGGUCCCCCGCCUGUUUACAUAGGAUUUGGUUCUAUUGUUGUUGAUGACCCGGACGGUUUAACACGCACGAUUUUUGAUGCGGUAGCGGAGACGGGAGUACGGGCGCUCGUUUCGAAGGGCUGGGGUGGAUUAGGAGCCGAUUCUGUCGGUAUACCGGAGGGCGUGUUUAUGCUCGGUAAUGUCCCUCACGACUGGCUAUUCGAGCGUGUCUCCGCCGUCUGCCAUCACGGGGGUGCCGGAACUACGGCCGCCGGAAUUAAUGCUGGCAAACCUACUAUUGUUGUGCCAUUUUUCGGAGAUCAGCCGUUCUGGGGAGCCAUGGUCGCGAGAGCCGGGGCGGGACCUGACCCUAUCCCUUACAAGAAACUCACAGCGGAAGCACUAGCUAAGGCAAUCCGAAUGUCAUUGAUGCCAGAAACCCAGGAACGAGCCCACGAAUUGGGUGAGAAGAUACGAGAGGAAAAGGGCACGGACGUUGGAGCACACAGCUUCCAUAGACAUCUCGAUGUCGACAGGCUACGUUGUGCUCUAGCUCCCAGCCGGGUCGCUGUGUGGCGUCUUCGGCGAACACAAGUGCAUCUUAGCUCGUUAGCCGCCGCGGUACUGGUGAGUAAUGGAUAUCUACGGUAUUCGGACCUCAAAUUGUUCCGUCCAAAUGAGUACAGCACCGAGGAUCAUCCAACGGACCCCAUUUCGGCAUGCGCAUCGGCGCUACUGGGAGACAUGGGCACCAUUGCCAUGUCUGCGGUAGACGUUCCUCGAGGUGUUUUCAAAGGAGGAAAAGCAUCAGAAACAAAGUCAACGGGGAAAGGCGGCGAUUUAGCUACGAUUACAUCGAAAGGGGCUAGUAGCAGUACGCUGAAUCUUGCUGAUCAAGCGGAUUCGACUACGACACUGCCGCUCUCGGAUGUAACCAGUACACAGUCUAACGCAUCCGCCGUUCACCCGCUCGGCAUGCAUCCGAUCGCUAUGCAAUCAGAGGCUAAUAGUCUACCUAACUUAGCGCAUACUAUGUCAGCUACCUCAGGACAUUCAAGAUCGCCUUCUGAACCAGUGCGCAGUCCCGGUCAUCAACGAAAUAGCUCAGCUCCAAAAGCAGGAACACCUACCACGAGCGAAUCUCUAGAGAGGGCUCUUCAUGCUGGAAAAAGCAUCAACAAUAUCGUGGCAACUGGUAUGAAGUCUCCUAUGAACUUUUGCCUAGGUGCUGCGAGAGGCUUCAGGAAUGCGCCGACUUUGUACAACGAUGAUACCGUUCGUCCCGCGGAGAAGGUUACUAGUUUCGCUAGUGGUCUAAAGGUCGCCGGCAAGGAAUUCGGUUUCGGCAUGUUCGACGGGAUUACUGGGUUAGUAACCCAACCUCUUAGAGGCGCAGAGAAGGACGGCGGUAUUGGGCUGCUCAAGGGUUUUGGUAAGGGAAUCGGCGGCCUUAUGUUAAAGCCUGCAGCAGCUUUUUGGUCCAUUCCUGCCUAUACCAUGCAGGGUGUCCAUGCCGAAAUCAGGUCUCUGUUCGCUCAGAAUGCUCAGAAAUACAUUGUCGCGUCCCGUAUUUCCCAAGGCCAACACGACUUUAACGGCGCAUCACACCAGGAACGUGAAGACAUCGAAGUUCGUUGGCUUGCUAAGAAGGAGCAGAUGAAGGGAUUCUACACCUGGAAGCAGAAGGAGAAAGGAAAGACUAAGGAAAUCACCCCUGCUACACCGACGCAUGGAACAGCUAUUACGGAGCAAAUCGCCGGCAACGAGCCGCAGAGGACGGGAUGGCUACAGACAAGAAGUCUAUCCAGCGAAGACCGGAGGAAGCUACAUGAUCAGAAAAGUUCAUGGAAGCAAAAGCAGGCGGAAUCAGCGGCUACAGGCGGUACGUUUAUUGAUGAGAAGGUUCGUUCGGUUUCUGGUACAGGUAAUACACAUGGUGAGGAAGAAGAGUUUGAACGAGCCAUUAUGAUUGCAGUGCGGGAGACAUCAACUGGAGACGCAAACGAAGAUGCCCGAGUCGAACAAGCGAUUCGGUCGAGUGUCAGGGCAUUACGAACCAGAUCAACAACUAUAGGCUCAAUGGCCUCGACCAAUUCUCGGGCUUCUAGCACGCAAGACUCUGGAUACUUCACCGAUAUCAAACGCCCCCUAUCCGGACCGUCGCUACCAUUCAGGGCAUCAUCUGAGGAUUCGAUGGAAAUCACCGACGAGGAAUAUCAGGCAUUAAUCGAACAAGCCGUUCAACUGAGCAUGACCGAACAGCACGGAAGCGGAGUCCGGAGACACGACCUCGAGGAUAGCGAAGACGACGAUUUUAAACAGGUGCUUCAGAGGUCACAGACAGAUAAGAGUGUAGAAGAUCGAGAUGAAGAAGUUUAUAAGAUGGCACUUAAGGCUUCGGAGGCAGAACAUGAGAAUAAGGGUGGGUUUUCUGACGAUGAGGAGCUUAGGAAAGCUAUUGAAGCUUCUCAGGUGGAGCAAAACCAAGGAAAUAAUGGUGAUGAUGAUGAAGAGCUGAGGCGCGCUAUCGAAGAGUCCGAGAGGGCUCACAAGGAGGAAUUAGCAUUGAAGUCGGAAGAAGACAUUGUGAUGGAAUUCGUUAAGAAACAAAGUCUGGCAGAGGACCAGUAUCGUAAAGCUAGGGGUAAGGGGAAAUAUGCCAACUACGAAGACGACGACGACGACGAAGAUGAGGAGCUAAAGCGGGCUUUGGAAGAGAGCCUGCAGACGGAUAGCAGCAAAGAACUUGGAGGUAGAGGUGGUCCGUCUCGUUUCUAGGGUCAACGGGUCUUUCGGGUGAACAUGAGAAUGCAUGAUACAUAUUGAUACCCUUCAUUGGUUAGAAAGAAAAGAGGCGGUUAUAGUGAUACCUAGUAAUUAUUAGAAUAACAUGGCUAACGUUACAUUUUCACUUGGCGAGGUUGUUGAUUUGAGUUGUGAAUGCAAGUGAAUGCAUGUGGUUGAAUGGU